CCCCGAGUGUGCCCAGCCCGAAAGGAACCCCGUCUCCGGAAAUCAGCUCCCCACGGAGCGGCUGGCUCCCUAAGAGCGCUCAGAGGGGCCGGGGGAGACGUCCCGGAGCCAGGGCCCCCGGGCAGGGUCUGAAGAUCGGGUGGGACUCUGGCAGGGGAGCGGCCUCUCUGAGCUGAAGAAAGUGUAGGAACAGUUCGGAGAGCGAGCGAGAAUCCGGGGAGCCCCGCAAAGGAGGUGUGGGGGGAACAGGAUAGAAGGUGGUGUGCCAACCCCCCGGGCUCUGACCUUCUCUUCUACCAUGAGGUGGAGCUACCGUUUGCGCAGGGCCUUCUGGGGUCCCGGCCUGGGACCAGCACGGCAGCCAGCAGAUGAAAGUAUCCCCUUCGUGAUCCACUGGAAUUGGGCACUCAAAGGGCAGUGUCCCCGUGGGCCCCCUAGGGUCUUUAUCCGCCACUAUGGAAGCUCAGUGGGCAGUGUUCCCCCACCAGGGAAGCACGAACGGUUGUUCCGGAACAUCUCUACAGCUGAAGCCAUCCAGCGGCACCGCCGGAACCUGGCGGAGUGGUUCAGCCGGCUGCCCAGGGAGGAGCGCCAGUUUGGCCCCACCUUUGCACUAGACACGGUCCACGUGGACCCUGUGAUCUGUGAGAGCACCCCCGACGAGCUUCUGCGCCCGUCUUCGGAGCUGGCCCUGGACCAUCAGCCGCCCCCGGCCAGGCUCCCCACGCUGGCCCUGUCUCAGCUCUUUGACCCAGAUGCCUGUGGGCGCCGGGUCCAGACUGUGGUUCUGUACGGGACCGUGGGCACAGGCAAGAGCACGCUGGUGCGCAAGAUGGUCCUGGACUGGUGUUACGGGCGGCUGCCAGCCUUCGAGCUGCUCAUCCCCUUCUCCUGUGAGGACCUGUCAUCCCUGGGCUCUGCCCCGGCCUCCUUGUGCCAACUUGUGGCCCAGCGCUACACACCCCUGAAGGAGAUUCUGCCGCUCAUGGCCGCAGCGGGGUCUCGCCUGCUGGUCGUGCUCCACGGCUUGGAGCGUCUCAACCUGGACUUCCGGCUGGCCGCCACAGGGCUUUGCGGUGACCCCGAGAAGCCAGAGGCACCAGCUACCAUCGUCGUCAAUCUGCUGCGCAAAUACAUGCUGCCCGAGGCCAGCAUCCUGGUGACCACCCGGCCGUCUGCCGUUGGCCGCAUUCCCAGCAAGUACGUGGGCCGCUACGGCGAGAUCUGCGGCUUCUCCGACACCAACCUGCAGAAGCUCUACUUCCAGCUCCGCCUCAAUCAGCCGGACUGCGGACACGGCGCCGGGGGUGCGGGUGUCCCAGCCACUCCGGCCCAGCGUGACAACCUGGUGGAGAUGCUGUCCAGGAACCUGGAGGGGCACCACCAGAUCACCGCUGCCUGCUUCCUGCCCUCCUAUUGCUGGCUCGUCUGUGCCACCCUGCACUUUCUGCACGCCCCCACCCCGGCUGGCCAGACCCUCACGAGCAUCUACACCAGCUUCCUGCGUCUGAACUUCAGCGGGGAGAUGGUGGACAGCGGUGACCCCUCCAAGUUGUCGCUGAUGGCCUACGCAGCCCGAACCAUGGGUAAGCUGGCCUACGAGGGGGUGUCCUCCCGAAAGACCUACUUCUCUGAGGAGGAUGUCCGCAGCUGCCUGGAGGCCGGCCUCCGGGCGGAGGAGGAGUUCCAGCUGCUGCACGUCUUCCGCUGGGACGCCCUGAGGUUCUUCCUGGCGCCGUGCGUGGAGCCGGGGCACCGGGGCACCUUCGUGUUCACCGUGCCCGCCAUGCAGGAGUACCUGGCCGCCCUGUACAUUGUGCUGGGUUUGCGGAAGACGACCCUGCAGCAGGUGGGCAAGGAAGUGGCCGAGAUCGUGGGCCGCGUGGGGGAGGACGUCAGCCUCGUCCUGGGCAUCGUGGCCAAGCUGUUGCCGAUGAAGGCCCUCCCUCUGCUCUUCAACCUGCUCAAGGUGGUCCCACGGGUGUUCGGACGUGUGAUGGAUAAGAACCGCGAGGCGGUGGCCCAGGCCAUGGUGUUGGAGAUGUUCCGAGAGGAGGAUUACAACAACGAUGACGUCCUGGACCAGAUGGGCGCCAGCAUCCUGGGCAUGGAGGGCCCCCGGCGCCACCCAGAUGAGGCCCCCGAGGACGAGGUCUUUGAGCUCUUCCCCAUGUUCAUGGGAGGCCUUCUCUCGGCCCAGAACCGGGCCGUGCUGGCUCAGCUUGGCUGCCCCAUCAAGAACAUGGACGCCCUGGAGAACGCCCAGGCCAUCAAGAAGCAGCUGGGCAAGAUGGGCCGGCAGGCGCUGCCCCCCUCGGAGCUCCUGGACCACCUCUUCUUCCACUACGAGUUCCAGAACCAGCGUUUCUCUGCCGAGGUGCUCAGCUCCCUGUCGCAGCUCAACCUGGCGGGCGUGCGCAUGACACCCCUCAAGUGCACGGUGGUGGCGGCCGUGCUGGGCAGCGGGAGGCACGCCCUGAAUGAGGUGAACCUGGCCUCCUGUCAGCUGGACUCCGCGGGGCUGCGCACGCUCAUGCCCGUCCUCCUGCGUGCCCGGAAGCUGGGCUUGCAACUCAACAGCCUGGGCCCCGAGGCCUGCAGGGACCUCCGAGACCUGCUGCUGCAUGACCAGUGCCAAAUCGCCACCCUGCGGCUGUCCAACAAUCCGCUGACGGCAGAGGGUGUGGCCUUGCUGCUGGAGGGGCUGGCGGGGAACACCUCGCUGACACACCUGUCCCUGCUGCACACGGGCCUCGGGGACGCGGGCCUGGAGCUGCUGGCUGCCCAGCUGGACCGGAACCAACGGCUGCAGGAGCUGAACGUGGCCUACAAUGGCGCCGGCGACACAGCGGCCCUGGCCUUGGCCCAGGCUGCCUGGAGGCACCCUUCCCUGGAGCUGCUGCACCUCUACUUCAACGAGCUGAGCUCCGAGGGCCGCCAGGUCCUGCGGGACUUGGGGCGCACUGCUGCCGGCAGUGCCCAGGUUGUGGCCUCGCUGACGGAGGGAGCAGCGGUGUCCGAGUACUGGUCGGUGAUCCUCAGCGAAAUCCAGCGGAACCUCAACAGCUGGGAUCAGGGCCGGGUCCGGCGCCAUCUGGAGCUCCUGCUGCGGGACCUGGAAGAUAACCGGGGGGCCACCCUUAAUCCGUGGCGCAAGGCCCAGCUGCUUCGGGUGGAGGGCGAGGUCAGGGCCCUCCUGGAGCAGCUGGGAGGCCCUGGGAGCUGAGACCGUGGCCGCAGGCCCUCGCCGAGUGACCCCGUCCCCAAGCUGCUGCCCUCGGGGCCCCCUGGCUUGCAAGGCUGCUCUGCAAGGAUCCUCACGGCUGGAGGCAGAGGGCACAGUGGCCUCCCGGAACAUGUCCCUCCAGGCCUCCCUGUCGGGGAUUUCCAGGGUCCGGAAACAUGCCUCCUGUCCCCGGGGCUAGAAGGACCUGCGGAUGCGGCCGAGUCCUCCCAGGGCACCACCAGGAGCCCUGCUGCUCUCUCCUCUCAAGGAGCCUCCAAGCCACCAGGGGGCGCACUUCUUACGUCCGCCUUGCCUGGGGUGGCAUCCCAGUGUCGGGGUGUCUGCCUCCUGCCGGUCUGCUUGGGGUGGACGCCAGGACCCAUGGCCUCUGCCCUCUCGGUGGUGCUCCCCUCCCUCAUCGGCUGCACAGUGGUGCUCAGGGUCCCAGCCGCCUGGGCACCGACUCACCUGCUAUUAAAAACGUCACCUGUGGCCUCUCCGCCCGGGGCUUUCUGUGAAGGGCACGGUUCUUGGCCGCUGAUGAAACUGCUGGCCAUCCUGUUGCAAGUGGUUCUUAGGCACCAGGUUCGAAGGCAGGGAAGGCCAGGGGGACCCAUGAAGAAGGGACGGGGUCCGGGUAGGCCAUGCUGGGCUGGAGGACCCCCCCCCCCCUCAUACACACUUGCCCCAGGCUUGGAAUGAGCGGCCAGGGGUCCCUUUCCCCGGGAUGGCGGAGCCGGGACAGCUGCGAGUCUCCGGGGAAGCCGCCCGGAUGGGUGCAGGAGGGACAAGUGUUCUCCCGGGUUAAGACUCCUCCGUUAACCAUUAUCCCGAGGCCGCGUCUUCAAGGAGGCGGGGCGGGGUGAGUGGGGAGGUCAGCUGGUUUCGAUGGACCUUGUCCCCAUCCUGAGCCCUGGGUGGUUGAUCUAGCUAUGGAGGCAGCUGCAGGUAGGAGAUGGGGAGAAACCCCCCGAGGGGACUCAGGGCGCUCAGGGGUCCACUGGGGGGCUGAGGCUUUCUAGGCCAGGGCACUUUGAUGUUGGGGCUCCGAGCCCUGAGACGAGUAGACUGGGAGACAGUCUGCCUUCCUGGUCCACACCCUGGAUGAUGUUCAGAUCUCUGCGCGGUGGCCUCGGGGGGAGGAGGGGAGGGCCAGGAAAGAACCUUUCGGAGCAGAGUGGAGGGUCGCGUCCUG